UUUGUAGUAUAUCUAGGACCGGACAUAACGUAUAUUGUUUAUCUUUCACUUUCAAUUUAGGACCGGACAUAACGUAUAUUGUUAAUUUUCAUCUUUCACUUUCUUCUGCAUCGUAUUCGAUUCUUUUCUUUUAACGCCUCCCUACAUCUCUUCUCCCUCGAUCGGCUCCUAUCUGGAUCACUGAUUACUGCUGCUUCAGUCACACAACCUAGGAAGAUUUUGCUUUGAAGUUGUUAGGGUUGCCAUGAAAAAUCUUGAAACACAAUCUUCGGGAAUAGAAAUCCCAAUCGAUGUCCUCAUGGAUAUAUUUUCGAGAGUUCCUGCAAAGUCUAUAGCUAUGUUUCGUUGCGUAUCGAAAUUCUGGGAUUCAAUACUUUGCCAUCCUGAUUUCACAGAGUUGUAUAUGAAUACGUCUUCGAUUCGUCAACCUCUGCUCUUUUUCACCUUGGAAGAUAAUGGCAAGUUGUUCUUCUUCUCUUCACCUCACCCUCAGAAUCCUCCAGAUGAGAACACAUCUCUUGUACCCACCCGUUAUCAUGUUCACCAUAACCAUUCUCCUACAGAUUUUUCAUCUGAAGUUAGUUUUCCUCUUCGUGGAUUCGUCUGUAGUCGAGAUAAGGGAAGUCUAGAUACUAUGGUUAUUUGCAACCCUGUCACAGGAGAGUUUGUAUCCUUACCUAAGGUGGAGUUGAAGAGUGUUAAUACUGAGACAAGACCUUAUUUAGGGUAUGAUCCGAUCGACAAACAGUUAAAAGUAUUGUGCAUCAAGUUCGAUGAUAUCCCAAAUACGUGUGAUGAGCAUCAAGUUUUGACAUUGGAGAAUGGAAAACAUUUAUGGAGAACAAUCCAAUGCAAACCCCAUUAUCCUAAAUCUGAUGGAAUUUGCAUAGAUGGUACUUUGUAUUAUACAGCAGGGUUCGAUAUGCGGAUAAGCGUUUCUAUGAUAGUGUGCUUUGAUGUUAGGUCUGAGAAGUUUAGCUUUAUCAACAUAGAUGAAUGCAUGUUGAUGACUGCUUCUUGUACUUUGAUCAACUACAAGGGUAAACUAGGUGCACUUCAGUUUUCAUUUUUGCCUCCAAAACGUCUUGAGUUCUGGGUUCUACAAGAUGCUCAAAAAUAUAUAUGGUCCAAAGAUAUCUACACAUUGCCUCCUUUUUGGAACAACGUAGUAGUUAAGCGUACCGAGUUAGUCAUUGUUGGAAUGACUCCUGGAGGUGAAGUUGUGUUGACACCGUACUGUCUGGUAGACGCAUUUUACGUUUAUUACUUCAACCUAGAGAGCAAGAGUCUCACAAGAGUUCAAGUACAAGGUCUUAAAAUGUUUAAGCGUACGAGAGUUUACACCUCUCUAGACUAUGUUGAGAAUUUGAAACUUAUGUAAGUGUUUAACUCUUGUUUUAAAGAUUUCUCUAGUUUAUGCUUUCUUAUUACAAAUGAUCAACUUAACAUUUACGAUAGGCUUUGCCCAAAAAAAAAAAAAAAAAAAACAUUUACGAUAGGAUUUGCCUCCACUCUGAAAAUGUACCUAGGCAAAGCCAAGGAAUGUAAUUGGAAAGUUCAUAAUUUAAAAUUGAUUUACUGGAUAAUGU